GACAAUUGUCAGUCGUCACUUUGUACAAUUUUAUAAUUUUUUUUUAUAAAAGCUAAAGAUUCAGGCAAAAGAGAGCUAACUUCGCCAAUUUAGGAGCUUUAAAAUUAUUCGAAGCAUGUGUGAAGCUGUAUUGGAAAGGGCACGUCAACAAAAGGAGGGAGCCAAACGGUUAUAUCAAUUAUUUAAAUUUGAAAAUAUGACCGUUACAUCACCACCGGCACUAAAAGUUUACUUUUGGGAAUAUUUCGAUAUUGAUAAACUCAAUCUGGAAAUUCAUAAGGAUAAAAGCAAAUUUCAACAUGAUAUUGCAAUGCCAAUGCGUCAAAUCAAUACUCGACCACUGAAAAUUAUUCUAUGGUUGCGAAAUUUGUCCGAGAAAAAUCUCGAUAUACGUUUAAAGCGUAUACAAAAAUGCGACUGCGUGCCUCUGGAAACUCGUGUUGGUUUCAAUCAGUUCCGACAACUCUUCCACUGUCCACAUAGACGUCUAAUCCACAUUCUGCAAGAAGCAAUACAUAUGAAACCACAAGAUUUAGUAGCGUUGCGAAUCGUGUUUUAUUAUUUUUUAUUCGGCGAACACACGCUAACAUACGAAUUUAAUUUCUCCGAUUCACGUGUAAUUACUUUGAAUUUUAAAGUUAACGUAAUCGGCUUCGAUCCGAAUGCUUGCAUUAUCACUAAGGAACUUAUACCAACCGAUUUAAGAGAACAUCGUCGUUUCGUACAACCGAUUUGGGUGCAGAAUAUAACGAGUCAACAUUUGAAUUUUGUCUUUUCCACCCGAGAACGAGGCCUAAAGUUAAUGAAUCCAAAUUUAACAGUACCACGCUUAAGUGUGUGGCCGUUGAUGGUAGAGUACAGACCAAGCGAUUUCGAAAAUCAGUUGGAUUUUAGUUUGAAUUUCGAAAAUAUACGCUCCAAGUUUCAUGUUAAAGCAGUGGGCUAUCUCGAUAAGUUUGCCGAAGACACGGAAGUGCCGGUGGAAGAUUAUGAAUGUGCUGAUUUCCCUUACGUUAUUUAUCCGAAUAAAAUAGAAUUUGAUAUACAACGUUCUGAACAAAGAAGUCUAAUGGUGGCCAUUCAUAACUACAACCAAAAAUGUGUCGAGUUCCGUUGGCAAAACUACAUUAUCAGCGAUUUAUUCGAAGUAACCUUUGAGCCGAAUGUAUUCCGUCUUAAGGCACAUCAUUCGAAACUUUGCAUUGUCAAUAUGCGUGUAUUCGAACGUGCGCUUCACUUUAAACGCAUACCAUUAGCAUUGGAAGUACAUCGGGUGUUCGAUAAAUCAACCAAAAUUGCAAAGGAGCUAUUGGAAGAAGUGGAGUCCAUCGAUGAUCCCAAAUGGAAGGAGCCCAGCUAUAUGGUGCAUAUAUUUUUGCACCUAAAUUUAAAAGUGAAUUUUAAGCCCGAAGAACCAAUAAAUAUUUCCUGGGAACUAUUGGCGCCCAAACGUGAGCGUUCGAAAGUAUCGACUACAACAAUAUUCGAGAAACUAUAUUGGGAUUAUUUGUCCGAAUCCAAUUUUAUGCGACCGAAAAAUUCUGCUGAAAUCAAUGACGAACUCAGUUAUUCUGAAGUUCUACGCUUGAAUGCGGGUCCAUUGCCACUAAUCAAAACCUUGGACAUCAAUCGCAAUAGUAUAUUGCGUAUUAUCAGUCAACUUAUUGCCGAAUCCCUGCAUGAUUUGGCAAAGAAUUGGCGUUUCAUUCCGAUUGAAUUUGCUGAAGAUCCACAAUAAAUAUUUAAUAACGCCUGCGUAAGUUACACCAAUACAAUG